GUUAUUAGUUUCCUUAUCAGGAGGAGCGCCAACAUCCAACAUCAUAUCAACUCAACUCAACGCUACCCGAAUCAUCCAGCGGUGAAGGAGAUCCCAUUAUGCUCCUUGUCAGCUCCUAGUCACUUUCUAGUCAAGUGCAGUUUUGAGACACGAUAACGGCACUCGUAUUUCCAUUUCCAUUUUCAAUAUUAUGCUCAGCCCGCCGUUCCCCCGGUCUGCAGGUGCUUUAUGUUCCCCUGAAGCGUAAUAUGGGUUCCAAAAAUUCCCGGUUUCCUGAAUAUACUGACCCCUUUGAGCCCCUUGAGGUUUUCGAACCCAAAGCUCAGAUCAUGACGACCAACGGGACAGCCCCUGAGCAUACCCCAGCCAGCAAGCUGUUGGAAAAGGUUCAGAAUGGCGAUGAGCCUUCCCGGCACCCUUCGCCUCAACCCACACACUUCUCAGUGCCUUUGGGGAGUCUUCGUGCCAAUGGACAUAAGGUCCUGCGUUCUGCUACUGUAGGAUAUAUCGCACCUGAGUUCAAGGGAAGAGAUGAACAGAUACAACAAGUGAAAAAUAUCAUCCUCAAGCAAAAGUGGAUCCCUGAGUCGCAUCUUGAUGACCAAGUUUCGUGGUUCUACAAUGAGCUCGGCAUUGACGAUGUUUACUUCCAAAUGGAGAGUGCUGAUGUUAUUGCCACUCACAUCACCUCCAUGUACGCUGCCAAGGUUGCUGCAUACGCUCGUGUAGACAAGCGCGAGGAGAUCCGCCUAGACAUGGAGGCCACUGACCACGCUAUCUACAUUGACACCAGCGAACCCGGUCAAAGCUCUCUACAUGGCCCACGCUUCGAGAACAGAUUAGAGGAAAAGUACCUCGAUAACGCGGACCCCAGCAAGCGAUUCCGGGUUGAAACCUUCCGCUCACCAGGAACGAUAUCGAAUGAUCCUUCAUCUAAGGCUUCGCUACGAUGUUAUUUCGUAUAUCAGUGCCUGUUUGUAGAUCCUAACCCGGAGCCGGGCGAGACACGCCUUGAGAUCAUCAGUGAUCGAAUGUUCCUGACCAAGGCAACUAAGAAUACCAAGCAGAUCUAUGAUGAUAUCAUCAAACUUGCCGUAAACAGGACCGGACCUGUUAUUGAAGUCUUCGAUAUCGAGGGUUCUGAGGAGAAGCGCCUCGUCAUGGCCUUCCGCUCGCGUACCGCCAGAGGUAUCUUCAGUGCCUUGAGCGACCUUUACCACUACUAUGGUGUAACGAGUACCAGGAAGUACGUGGAGCAGUUCUCCAAUGGCAUCACAGUUAUGAGUAUCUACUUGAAGCCGGCGGCAAACCUAGACACUCCGCCUAUGCCUAUCGAGCAGUCUAUCCACCAAAUCACCAAGGAGAUCUCUCUCCUAUACUGCAUACCCCAAAACAAACUCCACGCUUUGUUUGCAUCUGGUUCUUUGAGUCUGCAAGAGACCGUCUAUGGCCACUGUGUCUGGGUUUUCGUCCAACACUUCUUGAACCGCCUCGGGACGGAAUACGUAUCUAUCAAGCAAGCCUUAGACUCGGGGAACCCGGCGCAUGUGGAGAUCUUGUCUAAGCUAAAGCGUCGGCUCCGCACUGAGACGUUCACUCCGGAUUACAUCUUGGAAAUCAUCUCAUCAUAUCCCAGUUUAGUGCGGUUAUUAUACGCCGCAUUCGCCAGCAUUCAUUUGAGCGUUGGCCCUGGCUUUGAGAAAAGCAUUAUCGCUCCCACUCCGACGGUUGAGGUGCUCUCGGAUGCUAGGCUCAAGGAGGCCAUCACCCAGGAAGUUUCCAACGAACACGAGGAGAUGGUAAUGACAGCCUUCCGCAUAUUCAACAAUGCCGUUAUGAAGACCAACUACUUCACCCCUACCAAGGUUGCCCUCAGUUUCCGCUUAGAUCCAUCAUUCCUACCGGAGAUCGAAUAUCCUAGACGCUUAUAUGGUAUGUUCCUUGUCAUAAGCGCAGAGGCCCGUGGCUUCCACCUACGCUUCAAGGAUGUUGCCCGAGGUGGUAUUCGAAUUGUCAAGUCUCGCAGCAAAGAAGCUUAUAGCAUAAAUGCUAGGAGCCUUUUCGACGAGAACUACGCGCUUGCCAGUACCCAGCAGCGCAAAAACAAGGACAUCCCGGAAGGUGGCUCGAAGGGCGUGGUCCUUCUCGAUGCCAAGUCACAGGACCGCGCUCGGGAAGCUUUUGAGAAGUACAUCGAUAGUAUCUUGGACCUUCUUCUUCCCGCCAAAACCCCUGGUAUCAAGAACCCCAUUGUGGAUCUUUACAAGAAGGAAGAAAUCUUGUUUUUGGGUCCCGACGAGAACACGGCCGAUCUUGUGGAUUGGGCUACCGAACACGCUCGCGCCCGAGGUGCGCCAUGGUGGAAAUCAUUCUUUACCGGCAAGUCGCCUAAGCUUGGCGGUAUUCCUCACGACGAGUAUGGCAUGACAACAUUGUCCGUGCGAGAGUAUGUCAAGGGAAUCUACCGCAAGCUGAACCUGGACCCAUCCAAUGUGAGGAAAAUGCAAACCGGAGGUCCAGAUGGCGACCUUGGAAGCAACGAGAUUCUUCUAAGCAACGAGAAGUACACAUCCAUAGUCGAUGGAUCCGGUGUUCUGGUUGACCCCAAUGGUAUCGACAAGGAGGAAUUGAUUCGGCUUGCCAAGAAGCGUGUCAUGAUCUCCCAGUUCGACCUAUCCAAACUGUCCAAGGACGGAUAUAGGGUUUUGUGUGACGACAGCAAUGUCACACUGCCGACUGGCGAAGUGGUUCCCAACGGCACGCCCUUCCGCAACUUCUAUCACCUCAGGGAUUCUGGCAUCACAGACUGCUUUGUCCCUUGCGGUGGUCGUCCCGAGUCGAUUGAUCUUUCCACUGUUUCCAAGUUGAUCAAGGAUGGCAAGGCGACUAUACCUUACAUGGUCGAAGGAGCUAACUUGUUCAUCACUCAAGAUGCCAAGUUGCGCCUCGAGAAGGCCGGCUGUGUUCUCUUCAAGGAUGCAUCCGCCAACAAGGGUGGUGUGACUUCAUCGUCUCUGGAAGUUCUCGCCUCGCUCAGCUUCGAUGACCAAGGGUUCGUCGAGAACAUGUGCCACAACGCCAAAGGCGAGGCGCCACAGUUCUACAAGGACUAUGUUAAGCAUGUGCAAGAAAAGAUUCAGGAGAACGCUAGGCUCGAGUUUGAGGCAAUCUGGCGAGAACAUGAGCAGAGCGGCGUGCCACGCUCUGUGCUUUCCGAUACGCUCUCCGUUGCCAUCACGACACUAGACGAAGAACUACAGAAGUCGGACCUAUGGGCCAACCCGAAGAUUCGCAAGUCGACCCUCGCGGAUGCUCUGCCCAACCUACUCAUUGAGAAGGUUGGCCUGGACACGAUCAUCAGCCGCGUGCCCGACUCGUACCUCCGCGCCAUCUUUGGAAGCUACCUCGCGUCUCGUUUCGUGUAUGAAUUUGGCAGCAGCCCUAGCCAGUUUGCUUUCUAUGAUUUCAUGUCCAAGAGGAUGUCCAAAAUUGAAUAAUUGAUAGCGUAUUAUACACUCCGUAGAAAGGACCAGCAAAAAAAAGGGGGGGGG